AUGCUUAGAGCCAGAUACAAGCAGUUGAACGACGAAGAGAAACGACUCAACGGGGAAAAUGCUCGACUCUGGGAUGAAGUGCAGAAAGCGCACGCCGAUUUGGACGAAGAAACGACUGGCCGAAUCGGUUUCCAAGAUCAAGUUCAGACUCUAAUGGAAGAACUCGAGUUCCUUCGCAGAAUUCACGAACAAGAGAUCAAGGAAUUGCAAUUCUUGUUGUCCCAGGCUCCGGCGGAAACUCGGGAGUUCUUUAAGAACGAGUUGGCUUUGGCGAUUCGUGACAUCAAGGACGAGUACGAGUUCAUCGCGACUCAAGGCAAACAAGAUAUGGAGAGCUGGUACAAGCUCAAGGUCUCUGAAGUGCAAUCGUCCGCAAACCGCGUGGUUUCCGAGGGCGGACAUCAGCGCGAAGAGGUAUCUCGAAUGCGUCACAGUAUGGCUGACAUGCGCGGAAAACUCGGCGAUUUGGAGGAGAAGAACGCUCGUCUUGAGAAAGAAGCACAAACGCUCCAUAGUCAACUCGAUGAUGACCAUCGUCAAUACGAGGAUGCCAUCAAUUAUCGUGACAGAGAGUUGCGCCGACUGAGAGAAGAGUCACAAAGAUUUCAUAUCGAGCUCCAGGAGUUGUUGGCUACCAAACAAAUUCUGGACGCUGAGAUUGCCAUUUACAGAAAGAUGAUGGAGGGUGAGGAGAGCCGUGUUGGCAUUUAUGCUGAAAAAGUCGCUACGAGAAGCACUGUGGAGGAAAAUGAGAGCCAUAGCAGCAAUGAGAUCCGAACGACGACCCGCUUUCAUCGAUCAGCACACGGUAAUGUAACAUUCGGUGAUUGCGACUGGCACGAUGGUACCUUUAUCUCCCUCCAAAACACUCAUGGAAGCAAGGAUGAAGACCUAAGUGGAUACAAAGUGUCACGAAAAUUGGAUAACAAUCAAUACAUCAACUAUGUUCUUCCAGAAAAUACUGUUCUCAAGGCUGGCAAGACGUUGAAGCUUUACGCUCGUGAUCAUGGACCCCAUUCACCACCGAACUCCCUUGUGAAUGCCGCUGAUGAAACCUGGGGACUCGGCGCUAAUGUUGUGACAACAUUGUUUAACAAAGAAGGCGAGGAAAGGGCAACUCUUGCACAAAAAACCGCUUCCACUCAAACUCCUAUC